UGUUAUUGUGGGCACGGUGCGUGUGGUGACUUGGUUUCUGGUUAUGUGUUUGUUUGCCAGUGUAACGUAACGAGGAACACGCGAACAUUGCAAAAACUUAUAACGCAAAUUCGUGCAUAUACUGUCUAGUUUUUGUAGAGUUGAAAUGGCGAAAGGCUAUGUCAAGGUCAACCUAACUAACCUCCAGACACGACUGCCUUCAAAGGGAAGAAAAAAAUGCGGACCACUUACAAGAGAGCCGAGGGAACCCUUCAGCCCAAACAAGUCGAAAAGGAGACAAAGGAAAAUAAACCAGAAUUUAAUGGGGAUACAGGUAAUGGUCAGACCACUUUACCAAGUUUUUGGAGUCCCAGCAAACCCAAAUCUCCUCUGUGCAACAACUCAAGUUCUCUCAGCCAAGAGGAAAAUGUUCCUGAGAAAUUGACUCUACAAGCUGAGAAAUCAAAGCAAGGGAAAGUGAGACAGAAUCAAGUUAACUCUCAAGCUGGUGUGUCUCGGCAAGCGGAGAAUAAAGUGAGGACCUGCUUGGCUCCUCCAACCAAAGAAACAACUGCCUUGAAGGUCGAGGAGGAUCCUAAAUCGCACCCCAACCCAGGGCUUGCGCCAGAUGUCCCCAUGCCCAAAUCUAAGGGGGGGGCUAGUCAAAAAGUCAAAAAAGCACAAGGCAGUGCUGCCCAAAACAGGAAGGUCACAGAUUAUUAUCCGAUUAGACGGAGUUCCAGAAAAAGCAAAGCUGAAUUGAAGAACGAAGAACACCGACAGCUUGAUGACCUGAUAAAACAUGGAGUUGAAGAAGGACUGCAGGUAAAAAAUAUAGAGGGGAAGGGAAGAGGAGUGUUUGCUGUCAGAUGUUUCAAGAAGGGUCAGUUUGUAAUUGAGUAUCAUGGUGACUUGUUGCAUCUGACUGAUGCCAAGAAGAGAGAGGCUCUGUAUGCCCAAGACCCUGGGACUGGCUGCUACAUGUACUAUUUUCACUAUCUCAGCAAAACCUACUGUGUUGAUGCUACAAAAGAAUCAACUCGCCUGGGAAGGCUGCUAAACCACAGUAAAAAUGGCAACUGCCAGACCAAGCUCCAUGACAUGGAUGGAAUACCUCAUCUCAUUCUGGUGGCUUCAAGGGACAUUGAGGCAGAGGAAGAGCUGGUUUAUGACUACGGUGACCGUAGCAAGGAAUCAAUAUGUGCUCACCCAUGGCUCAAAUACUGAUGUUCCACCACAGUAUUCUCUCAAGAGAAUGACUAGGUGCAUUCAUUUCUUCAAAAAGAGAACCUGUUCUCUUAUUGUUUUUUUAAAAAUCCAUUCCAUUGGCCCUAAGGUGCAAAUGGCUUUCCGGUGAGACAAAUUAAGUGUGCCUGUUUGGGUAAAACGGUGGCAGUAUGAACAAGGUGGAACACAACCUUUUUAAGAUGGCACAUGGGUUAAAUUUGUUUUUAAAACUAUAAAUUUAUUGCUGGAUUUGGAUGGAGUUUUUAUACAUAUUAAGGCCAGUGUAUCCAUGAUGUGUGAAAUAUAUUUAACAUACUAGCUAUUGUUUUUAGGUUGCUUUUAUAUAAGUGAUUAAUUUAUCAAGCUAUGUAUGGUUCUAGUUGACGCAACAAUAUGUUGCAUAGGAGCAUAGAAUGCUCUCCUGGCUUCGGGGAGGACAGCUUAUACUUGAUUUGAAAAUGUAGCUUUUGUUGCAAUGGGUGAAACAUCCGAAUGAAUUUUGAAUUAAAUGUAAGUUGCUCUUUUUGAACAAAUGAACUGUGUACAUAGACAAAUAUUUUCAUAAAUCUGGCUAGCAUGGAAGCUCAUUUUGCAAAGCAUAGAAAGGCAAGCUUAUUAAUAUUCAGACGUGUAACAGUCCAGCAUCCUUGUAUGAGUAUUUCACAACGUGCAACAGAUUAAAUAUAUUUGGUGUGAUUUUAUAACA